AUGCGCAGUGACGCCCGCGCGUGCCGCGCUGAUCCUGCAGCGCCUUCCCGCAGGUUUCGGGCUGCGGAUUCCAGUUCUCCGGGUUUUGGGGCUCCCUGCGGGAGGCAGUGCUGGAUCUGGGAAUCUCUAGGAAUUGAAAGGGCCUGUGAAACGCGGCAGAUUUUCCCAGGACCCCUCCUCCCUUCCCCUCGGCCCCGCCUCCUGACCCCUCCAUUCCCCGUCCCCGUUGUAAUCCCCUCCGGUUUUCCUCAGUCUCCACGUACGUCCCUCAGGGCGCGUCCCAAAACCCGGAUAACCGGAGCGCUCCCCAUGGACCACACGGAGGGCUCGCCCGCGGUGGAGCCGCCUGCGCAUGCUCCAUCGCUUGGAAAAUUUGGUGAGCGGCCUCCACCUAAACGACUUACUAGGGAAGCUAUGCGAAAUUAUUUAAAAGAGCGAGGGGAUCAAACAGUACUUAUUCUUCAUGCGAAAGUUGCACAGAAGUCAUAUGGAAAUGAAAAAAGGUUUUUUUGCCCUCCUCCUUGUGUGUAUCUUAUGGGCAGUGGGUGGAAGAAAAAAAAAGAACAAAUGGAACGUGAUGGUUGUUCUGAACAAGAGUCUCAACCAUGUGCAUUUAUUGGAAUAGGAAAUAGUGACCAAGAAAUGCAGCAGCUGAACUUGGAAGGAAAGAACUAUUGCACAGCCAAAACAUUGUAUAUAUCUGAUUCAGACAAGAGAAAGCACUUCAUGUUGUCUGUAAAGAUGUUCUAUGGCAACAGUGAUGACAUCGGUGUGUUCCUCAGCAAGCGGAUAAAAGUCAUCUCCAAACCUUCCAAGAAGAAGCAGUCAUUGAAAAAUGCUGACUUGUGCAUUGCCUCAGGAACAAAGGUGGCUCUGUUUAAUCGACUUCGAUCCCAGACAGUUAGUACCAGAUACUUGCAUGUAGAAGGAGGUAAUUUCCAUGCCAGUUCUCAGCAGUGGGGAGCAUUUUACAUUCAUCUCCUGGAUGAUGAUGAAUCAGAAGGAGAAGAAUUCACAGUUCGAGAUGGCUACAUCCAUUAUGGACAGACAGUCAAACUUGUGUGUUCGGUUACUGGCAUGGCGCUCCCGAGAUUGAUAAUUAGGAAAGUUGAUAAGCAGACUGCAUUACUGGAUGCAGAUGAUCCUGUGUCACAGCUCCAUAAGUGUGCAUUUUACCUUAAGGAUACAGAAAGAAUGUACUUGUGCCUUUCUCAAGAAAGAAUAAUCCAAUUUCAGGCCACUCCAUGCCCAAAAGAACCAAAUAAAGAGAUGAUAAAUGAUGGAGCUUCCUGGACAAUCAUUAGUACGGAUAAGGCAGAGUAUACAUUUUAUGAGGGGAUGGGCCCUGUCCUUGCCCCAGUCACACCUGUGCCUGUCGUAGAAAGUCUUCAGCUGAAUGGCGGUGGGGACGUAGCAAUGCUUGAACUCACAGGACAGAAUUUCACUCCAAACUUACGAGUGUGGUUUGGGGAUGUAGAAGCUGAAACUAUGUACAGAUGUGGAGAGAGUAUGCUCUGUGUUGUCCCAGACAUUUCUGCAUUCCGAGAAGGUUGGAGAUGGGUCCGGCAGCCAGUCCAGGUUCCAGUAACUUUGGUCCGUAAUGAUGGAAUCAUUUAUUCCACCAGCCUUACAUUUACCUACACACCAGAACCAGGGCCACGGCCACAUUGCAGUGCCGCGGGAGCAAUCCUUCGAGCCAACUCAAGCCAAGUGCCCCCUAAUGAAUCAAACACAAACAGCGAGGGAAGUUACACAAAUGUCAGCACAAAUUCAACCAGUGUCACAUCGUCUACAGCAACAGUGGUGUCCUAACUACCGUCUUUUUGCUAGGACUUAAACUGACUGGAGUGUGGCAACAUGUUGGCAGAAAGAAAAAGAGAAAAAAAUGAACAAUCUUGUGGUUUCUUGGGAAAACUUUUCAUACCAGGUGAUACUGUUCAAAAACCCCAUACCUGCAAGUGCUGAUUUGAAGUGCAGAAGCCACAGUAAAACAAACACCAUCAAAAUGUACAAACUAUUGGAAAUUGAUUUUUUUCAGCUGUUAUUUUUGUUCGGUUGGUAUUUGUUUGGUUUUGUUUAAAUGGGCAAGAAAUAGAGAUGUGGCUGGAAUAAAAGUUAAUCAAACUAGAAGACACAAAUCUAACAUAGUUUUUAUGGACCAAGGAACUUGUAUAAGCUUUAGUAAAGGUACAUUUUCACCAUACCUUUUUUAUAUCACAGUAUAUAGUACACCUUUGUUACCAAAUAGGUUGUUCUCUUCCCCGCCCCCUGUGAGCUUUUGCUCUUAAGUACAUUCAGGUUCCAAGCCUGACCAUGCUUGUUUAAGUACCAUACUCUUCCAGGUUCUUUUGGUCUAAGGCUGGAACUGUUCUUUCUAUUUUAUUUUUUUUUUUAAAGCUGAAGUCUUAGGACUUUUCAUGAGCUGAAAUUGUUUUGAUUUCAGCAAGUCAAAUCUUGUAAAGGCCUGCAUAUUUUUUUUUUAAGAUUAUAUGAAGUCUGUGCAAAAGCUUUAAAAAAAUGCCUCUGCCUUGCCUGCAAUACAUGCAACGUACGUUAACUUAGUCUCUAUUCUCAGACACUGUUGGUAGUUAUUUCUGUGUUCUCCUUUUUUAAAAAUAUGUAUUUAUAGUGGUAAUCCAAGAGGUUCUAACAUUUACAUGGAAUUAAAUGUCGCCAUUUAGUCAUUAAUGAGUUCAUGGCACAGGACAUGUUGGUAUUUGAAGUGUUCUCUCCCCAUUUCCCAUGCAUAAAUGUGUCUACAUGUUCUAGGAUUUGUUCAGGUUUUCCCCCCUCCUAAUCUUGUACAUAACUUGUAUUAUGUGUAAGUUAAACAUUUUAUUUUGAACUUGGAAUGUUCCCGGUGAUUUCAUUCAGCAGGGUGUUUUCUGCCUUGUUGGCAUAUGACAAAAAAAAUAUCAUGCGAAGUGUUUGCUACCACUUGGUAGGUGGCGCCCUUAUUGUAUAAUGAGGAAAAGCUCAGCAAGAGCAUGUUUUUAUUUACUUUUUCUUUUUGGUAGCCUAGGCCAAAACUUCAUUGUAAUCUUAAAACAAGAUGCUUUUAUUAGAUGACCAACUAAAAUAGCUGGAAGACAGUACUUGAGAAACAGAUAGUUGUGAGAUUAUAAAAUUGCAAGUGUAACAUCUUUCCAUUUUUCUCCCUGCCGUUUUUUGUUUUCUCUUCCCCAGUACUGAGCAUCUUCACAAAUGUCUCCCACUCGGAAAACAUCUCUUUUCCAUUCAGUUAGGAUUUGAUCACAGUCAGGGUUGUGAGUUGGCCUUGCAUGCUGGGCUCACCAGUUGUACCUGGCUUCCAUUCCUGCUCUUUGGUUAUGCCUUUGUUCAGUUUCUCAGAAAUUCAGCCGAUGCUGGGCUUCGUUUAGUACAGGAACCACGUGUGUGGUGUUAGAGGACACCGUCUAGUGAUACAAUCAUCCUUCUGAGAGUAAAAACUACCUCUAGAUUGUGGUAAGCUUUUACUGUCCCAUAAAACAGGAGCCACAAGUACCUUAUGAAUGCAAAGCUGUUAACUUCCUGCAGUGUUUCCAUGCAGAACAUUGUCUUUGUGGUGUCCAGCGCUAUUUUGAACAAGUUUCCAUAGGUAGACUUUUUAAACAUCCUUGUAAGUAGCUUUUUUUUCCCCAGCUUUGCUAUCUUCUUCACUCAUUCUUUUGCUCAGACUAUGCCAUUGUAAAUACAAUUCCUAAUGUCUUUACAUCACUUUUUCCUCAGUUUUCAAGGGGGAAGUCAUUUGUAAAACAUGUUAGUGGUUAAAUCAAAGUCAUUGUGGUUUUCUCUUACUGCAAGCCUUUUUAAUUACUCACAGGCUGCAUUAUACUAUAUAUAGCCUUCUCUUCAAAUCUGCUCUAGUCACUAGCUUCUCUCCUGUGAGCUAAUCUUGCCUCACACUUUAAAUCUGUUUCAGUGAUGAAGGGCAGAAUUCAUUGUGGCCUUACCUGUCUUUGUUUUAACUGUUUACUGGCUUUUUCUUGCAAACUUGCUUAUUUUGGAGUAGUGGGUAUUCUUCUUCCCGUUGAGUCUCGGUGUUUCUGUUCAGAGCGUGGAAAUGUUUUCAGUGCUGCUUUACAUUUAAUGGGCCACAAGUUUCCUCCGCUUCCCAGGUUUGGUAUUUAGUUACGAAAUUCUAUUAAAUUAACUGAUAACAGAUGAGAUGCUUUUAAAGAACAAACUAUUCCUUACCCAGCUUUGCAGCUCAAAAUAAUUUUCAAGUUUAUGACUUUAUUAAAAUGAACUUUUGCUUUUUUACUGUUUAACUAUAUCUUAUUUGGCUCUUCAUUUCUUUUAAUAAGAUAAUUGAAAUGUUAGACUGUAAACCCUUUUCCUGUUUUUUAAAAGUCCAAGAAUGUACUUACACAGACAUUUCCCCUACUAUUUUAUGCCAUUCUACAUACCACAAACUAAAGACUGAAAUGAUUUGUCUGUUGUAGUUUAUUGUCUAUCAGUAGUUCUUUUGUCAGCUGCUUAAAAAAAGUUUUCAUGGAUUUGUGAAUCACUUUCAGUGUAUAAUGUAUAGGAGCCUUGUCCUCCGGUUAUGGUAGAACACGGCCCCUCCCCCAAUGGUGGCAUUGUUAGAGAUGCUGGUCAUUUUCCCUCAUAAAGACCCUCUCAGAAUGAUAACCUCUUCAGUUAAAGUAUACUACAUUCAAGUGUUUUCUUCUUUUAAAUUCUGUUUUAGAAGUAUAUCUUAGGCUCUCAUGAUCCUAUGCAGUUUCUAAAAAUAUGCGUAGAAGCUGAGUCUGAUCCAGUAAGUUUUUAUUAGUUCCAUUGAAUUGAUCACGUAGAUUGGCCUUAAGUGCAAAAUACUCGUUUUAUUCUGAAUGAUUUUAGAGUUAAACACUAGUAUAAUAUUUAACCUGCUGCUGACUUCUUAAACUGUGGCAACUAAAGGCAUCCUCAUAUAUGUAUUAGUGAAAUAUUUGUCACCCUUACUCCACAGACUUAUUUGCAAUCAUAACUGGUUAGUUUGUUUUUUAAAUGAAACUGGUACCGUCUGUGCCCUCAGAGGAAAUUUCCAAUGCAGUUUUUGGGAACUAAACUAGUCAUGUUUAACCAGAUAAUCCAUAGGGAUGGAGGGGUCCUUUUUGAAACAAAAUGCUAUUCAGUUAUUAACCAAGUUACUUAUUUUUGGUUUCAAAAGCAGCUGUGUUUCUGAUGAGUACUGAACAAAUGUGUGUAAUUUUCUGUGCCAGACUUUUGACUUUGUUUUCAAGCACUGUAAUGUGGGAUGGAUGGUUAGAAACAAUAAUAUAUUAGGGUUUCUAUUUAACCCUUUCAGGACUGAACUGUAUCUCCUUUCAUUAAUUUUGCCCUGUGUCGUGAUAAAUGUUUGCCAGCAUUCAGUACUGUGUUGGUCCAGAUGUAGGUUUAUAUGCUCAUUUUUAGCUUAUUUCUUGUACCUUGCAGCAUGCUGUACGCAUUCAGUCCUUAAGGGGUUUAUUUUACAAACUGUGCGCCUGUAAGGUUUAUUAGCAAUAAGAUAGAAAAUUGAGCAAGUUUAUACCAUAAUUUUGUAGAAAAAAGAAUCUGCUCAGUUCCAUAUUUCAUCCAUGAGAAACUUGCAAUAUGGGCAGUUUCAAGGAAUAAAUAAAAAGGAAAUGUAAACCAUUGUAAAAGUCUUCUCUUGGCUGUGCCUGAUGCAUGUGUUAUCGUCUUUGAUUUCAGAAUACUUCAUAAAGAUAAAAUGAAAUUCCGUA